AUUGGACAGUAGCUGGAGGGCGACCAACCAAUGCAGUACCAGUUGCACCAAAUGCUGGAGGAGGCGUUCCUAUUAUUCUUGCAGGAAUCUGGUCUGGACAAAGGUUGUUUCGAAUUAAAAAGCAUUUCCCAUCUACUGAUAGAUAUUUGAGAAUGUUUAAAAUUGGGGCAUUAAAACAAGAAGUACAUGAAAGUGUAUCCUCAUAUUGGGCGAAAAUUCUAAAGUAUGGAGAUCAAUUAGGUUAUACUCUAGCGCAAAAGAAAACACAAUUUAUGUCCGGAGUAAGAGAUGAUAUAAAGGAGGAAAUCUAUAGGAUUGGUCAGCACAGGCCUAUUAAUGAUAUUCUUGACAGUCUAGCAGAACUUGAAUUACGUCGUGGAGUAUUAGGUCCGCCACCAUCAUAUUUUAGUUAUACACCAGUCCCUCCUGCUAUUUCCAAUAAAACUCCUCCACCAAUUCCUCCUAAAAAUAUAGAGCAAUUACGUUAUUCAUAUGAAAGUGAUAAUCCCUUUGAUGGACCUCCUGUACCACAUAAACCAGAUAAAUUACGUUCAGCAAGAAUUGAUAGAUUAGAAUCUAUAAUGGGUAAAGUUGCAGACACCGUGGGUAGUGUUGCAGAUUCU